AUGGAGAAAUUAGUUCAAAAUAAUAUAAUUAAUAAUGUGUUUGCUAUUGAAGAUAGUUAUAUUGAUGAACGUAUAGCUAAAAUAGAGAGAACCACCGAUUGGAAUGCUGAUCUAUACUUGGCGAUGAGAUAUCAACUCUUAAAAGAGAAAGGAAACAACUCGAAACUAAUUCAAAGAGAUGUAGGAGAUAGAAGAGAUACCUACUUACAAACAAGAUUUCAAUUAUUAGAUUCAAAAUAUCAUAAGAAAUCAAAAGUUUCUUCAGAUAAAAGAAAGAAUACAACCUCACCUACUACUACUACAACAACUACUACCACUACUUCUUCAUCUUCAACAAAUAAUAAGACCAACAAUAACAAUCAAACAAAGACACCUACAUCAACAACAAAACCAACUUCCACUACUACCAAUAAUAAAACACACAAUCUAACUGUACCAACAACUAAUGCUAAUAAUAAUAAUAAUCAAAGUUCACCAAUACCAUCAUCAGUUAAAGUUGCACAACAACCAGUGUCGUCAUCCUCAACAACAACAACAACAGCAGCAGCAGGACCAAUAGCAAACAAUGACUUUUCAUUCUCGGGAAUGCAUCAUAUCUUUGAUUCACAUAAAAAGUCAAUAUCAAGAGUUAGAUUUGCAAACAAUGAUCGUGAUCUUUUAGCAUUCUCAUCGGAUGACGGUACACUCUCUAUAUGUAAUUCACUUAAACCAUCUGUAAUAUCUGUAUUAAACGGACAUAGCAAUUCACCAAUCAUAGAUUUUAUAUGGACAAAUAAUAAUGAUUAUAUCAUAACAAUUGGAUUAGAUUCAACAAUGAUAAUAUGGAAUGUAAAAACAGCAAAACCAGAGAAACUAGUAAAAGAUGCUGGUGUUUGUACAGCGAUAACCAAUCAUCCUUUGAAACCAACAAUAGUAUUCGUCUCUGACAAGAAUAUCAUAAAGUCAUACGAUAUAAAGAGUGCAACCUGGGUUGGUAAACCUCUAAAAGCAAUGAAUCAAAUUACAACAAUGCAAUUCGAAUCAAGAGGAAAUUAUUUAUUUGUUGGUGAUUCAAUGGGAUAUAUUAAUAUUUAUAAUUUUAAAGAAACAUUGAUUCCCAUAUCAAAAGCACAGAUAUCAAAGGCACCGAUAAGUUCUUUGGUAUCACAAUAUUGGAAAUCCGGUGAGAAGUUGAAUCUGUCGAUGCUUGCCAAUUGUAAAGAUAAUGUGAUGCGUGUAAUUAAUAUCAGUAGUUUGCAAUCCGGUGUUAUGGCUGUUACGCGAGAGUAUGGAUUACCGCUAAAGUCAGCGACACAUCCACAAUUGCAAGUGAAGAGUAUAUUCUGUCCGACGUUGAAAGAUCGUGAUGGACUCUACUGUGUCACUGGAACGGCCGAUGGCGUCGUCAAUCUCUUUGAUACACAGAGCACCAAGAAGUCACCACUCAAUCAACUGAUGGGACAUGCAUCAACAGUGGUAAACAUCGAUUGGAACACUGAUGAAUCGUUGUUGGCAUCUGCAGAUUCCACCGGUACCGUAAUACUUUGGAAUAGACGUCCAAGAACUAAUUAA